CGACCUUCCUCUUCUCCUGUCCCGCGGUGGCACAAGUCUUGCCUUCGACUCCAUCCAUUUCAAACCCCCCCGCCGCGUCCAUCGCCACGUCCCCCUGCUGCCGUCUCCCAAUCCUCCUCCUCCUCCGGGGAUCGCCGCAGCUGGCGGAGGCGAUGUCCACCCGCUCCGCGUCUCGGACCCGCCGCCCACCACGCCGCGCGCCUUCGCCGCCCCCUCCGGCCGCCGCGAACGGGAAGGCGGCGGCGGCGUCCAAGCCCACCUCUCCGGUCCACCCAUCGUGAGUUGGAGAGGACGGUGAAGAAGCUGCGGCUGACGAGGGCGCUGACCCUCCCGGAGGCCACCGCCGUGUCGGAGGCCUGCCGCAGGAUGGCGGCCAAGCGCGUCGACGCCGCCCUGCUCACCGACGCGAAUGGGAUGCUCUCGGGCAUCCUCACGGCCGAGGACAUUGCCGGACGGGUCAUAGCUGAGGGUCUCAACCCUGAAGAAACUAGUGUGGUGAAGGUGAUGACGCGGAACCCAGUUUUUGUUAUGUCCAAUUCAUCCGCCAUUGAGGCACUGCAGAAGAUGGUUCAAGGUAAAUUUAGGCACCUUCCAGUAGUGGAACAUGGUGAAGUCAUUGCCAUGUUGGACAUUACAAAGUUCCUUUAUGAUGCGAUUUCAAGGAUGGAGAUGGCUGCAGAACAAGGCAGCUUAAUAGCAACUGCUAUAGAAGGGGUUGAGCGACAAUGGGGAAAUGACUUUCCAGGGCCACAUGCAUUCAUGGAAUCUCUUCGAGAACAGAUGUUCAAGCCUUCCUUGUCAACUAUCAUAACUGAAAAUAGCAGUGUUCCAGUGGUAUCUCCUUCAGAUCCAGUAAUUCUAGCCGCCAAAAAGAUGAGGGAACAUCGAGUUAACUCGGUGGUUGUCAUGACAGGGAACAUGUUACUAGGAAUUUUCACUUCCAAGGAUCUGGCUUUGCGAGUAGUGGCACAGAAUUUACCCCCAGAGACAACUCUUGUAGAAAAGGCUAUGACUGCAAAUCCUGAAUGUGCUACAUUGGACACAUCAAUCCUUGAUGCUUUACAUUCGAUGCAAGAUGGGAAAUUUCUGCAUAUUCCUGUCAUUGACAAAAAUGGACAUAUUAUUGCCUGUUUGGAUGCUCUACAAUUAACCCAUGCAACAAUCUCGAUGGUUGAGGGAGCCUCUGGAGCAAAUGAUGUGGCAAAUAGUAUGAUGCAGAAGUUUUGGGAUUCUGCUCUUGCCAUGCAUCCUGCAGAGGAAUCUGAUGCUCGUAGUGACGAGUCUCGGAUGGUGGCAUCAGAUAGUGCUGACGGGAAACAUAUACUGCCUCCUCAUGUUAACAGUUCAUUCUGUUUUAAAAUUGAGGAUAGAAAAGGGCGUAUGCACAGAUUCAGUUGUGUUUCAGAAAGCUUAGAUGAGCUUGUGUCUGCUGUAGCGUGCAGAAUAGGAACGGAUAAUGACAAGUCGAACAUUAAGCUUUUGUAUAACGAUGAUGAAGGCGAUAGAGUUAUCCUGACAACGGACAGUGACCUGACUGCAGCAAUUGAACACGCCAAAUCAGCAGGGUGGAAGGUUCUGAGACUGCAUAUGGACGACCCUGAGGAGGCCAGGACGGAAUUCACCGCGUCGCCUGCGUAUCUCUCGGCCGCGCAUAGAGGACGGCCGGCUCCUCUCCGGUUCGGCAUCGUGGCUGGCGCGGCUGCCGUCGCCGCCGGCGUCGUGGUAAUCGUCUACCUGAAGCGGUCUCAGCUCUGACUCCAGACUUUAAGGUGCUCUAACUUCCACGCUGUACAGAAUAUGUACACUUAUCCACGACAAGGUGAAUACACAGCGGGCUGUAUACGUACUUGGAGAUACACAAGUAACACACAACAGAAUAAAGGGUGGUUAUCUUUUUCCUUCUUCCACCCGUGUCAAGCAAGUACAGUAGAAAAACAAAAAGGAAAUUUGAGGGUGCAAAUAGGAAUGGUGUUUUAAAUUAAUUUACCCCUUUUAUUCACCAUAUUUUCUUUUUGGUGUUUUGUACAAGAGGGUGUUUUAUUUGAAAAUAGAAUAAAAUGUCAAGGCAUCUUUUCUGUACACUGAAAGUGUAACUGCAACAGAAAGAAGCUAAAUCGGAACAGAAAAUAGCUAUAGCUGCUGUUGAGUUCUGAGUUUGGUCUGUUUAUUUAUUUCCGAAAAAAAGUUUAGGGCAUGUUUGGUUUGAGUUGCUUAUUAUAAGUAAUUUAAAGUUGUUUACUUGGAGUUGAUUAUUUUUA